GUAUUCAACAUUCCGCUGUUCGACCGAUAGAGGAACAGCGCUGUAGAUAGAUUGUUUGUCAAUAUAUUUGAGUUAGUUGAUUUUUAAUGGCUUUUUAUGUGUAAUGUAAUCAUUUCACAAUGACCCAAAACAUAAAAAAAGUAUCCUGAUUGUAUAUGUGUCAGAGUAUUUAGUGCAUAUGUAUAGAAUAUACUGACAAUACUGUCAAAGAGAACGUCGUAUAUGUGCAAUAAUGAUACUUUUAUAUGCAAGUGAGGAAUUCCAUCUGUUUCAUUAAAGAAAAUAAUAUUUGGAAUGUUUGUUGUAUUAGCAGAAUUUAAACUUUGUUAAAUCAAUUCCUUUGAAUCAUACUUUAUCAUGGUUGUUUAAUAUGAAUACCAGUUUUCCAAUUAAUAAACUAAAAAUUUAUAAUAAAACAAAAAAGACAGAUAACCCUUAGUACAAGAAAAGUUCCAACAUUGGCACUUUUAGUUGGUAUGUCUAUAAAAUAAAUAAUACCUUACAUUAAGAAACAGAAAAUUGAAAUAAGUAUAUAUUUCUGUAAUUAAUUGAUUCAAUUGUUGGAAACAGUGUAUGUAUAAGUACAUACACAUAGGUACAAUUACCUGUCAAGUAACAACAAGUAAUGAUACAUUAUAGAAAAUGUAUACCAGAAUGACACAACAAAGAGAUAUAGGUGGUUUGUAUUGUAAAGAUGAAUACAUUCAACAAUUGUGUAUCCUGUUUAGUUGAUGCACAAAAUAUUGUCUUAGACAAUUGCAGAUUAUUUUUAUUCAAUAUCUUUGUUGUUGCUCUUUUGGAGCAUUCUGAUUGUCAUAAAGUAUUCAGUGUUCAUAAAAUCUCUUUUAAUGAGGCUGAAGGCACAUAUAGGAAGGCGAACUCUCUUUUGAGAAGGUACAGUGUUUUAAAACUGACUUUCAUGAACAAUGAACCAUUCGGGAAGUGGAAAACGUCAGGCGAAGGUUUUGGAAGAAAACUAUUGGGACUGUAGUGUCUGCACAUAUAGAAAUACCGCAGAAGCAUUUAAGUGCCUCAUGUGUGACGUCCGAAAAGGAACUUCUACGCGGAAACCCCGCAUAAAUCCCCAACUUGUGGCACAACAGGUUGCACAGCAACAAUAUGUACCACUUUUGAAACCAGGAAAGAAGGAGGGUGGAAGUGGAGGUAGUACAACGAGUAGUGGUAAAGAAAAAGACCGUAAAUUGGAUAAGCCACGACGCAAAAAUAGGCAUCCGCCUCGUCUUAAAAAUAUAGAUCGUAGUACGGCUCAAACCAAUGAAGUGACAGUAAAUAAUGUUACUGUCGUUAUUACAGAAUAUAAGCCCAAAGUAAAAAAAAGUUCAGAUCAGUCUGGUUUAUCUAGCAGUGCUUCUUCUGAAAAUGGAAGCCAACAUGAUUCUAAUCAAGAUUCUAGAAGUCUGGAUAUAGGAACGGAUGCUUAGCUCAAUGCUAUAUCACAUAUGUGUAUGAAUUAAUCUAAUUAAUAUAUUGCAUAAUGUAUGUCAAUCUCCAUGGACUGUGCUCCAUCCUGUAGACAAAAACAACCAUUUUGUCUAUAUGUUACAGGUUAUAUAACAUUCAAUGAGGUCAGAUUGUUUUAUGCUAUCAGUGGAAUCAUUGAAUUAUGUCUUCAAUACAAUAUAAGAAAUAUGUCUUGCACCAUUGUUUCAUACUGAUGUCAAAAUUGUCUAUUUCAUUAUAAUAAUCUACUUCGUACAUGAAAUGUCAACUGAACUUAGUUGUACUUAAUGUUAUUUAUUUUAUAGUUUGACAGUAUUCUAAAUUAAUUUUUAAUAUUUGAUUAAAUAUUUUAGAUAAUUUUACUAGUGUCAUUUCGGAUAUUAUUCUAUUUAUUUAUUGAUUGUAAUGAAUGCAUUAUAUGCAUUAACACGGUAAAUGUAAUUUGAUAAUCUGUUGUUGACAUAACAAUGCCCACAUGACUUUCAUUGAAUCUAUAACACCACUGCCAGAAAGCAUGUUGUAACAUUGUUAAUUAGAAUAUUUUAAUGAACUCAUUUAUGUAUAAUACGAAAUAUUUAACUUGUUUAUUUAAUAAUUACUAGAAUGGAGAAUUACGAAACUGGCAUUGGUACGUACAUACCUAUAUCCCAUUCCAAAUUAUUUAUAAAUUCGAUCUGUUCUAACCUUUAUACUUUCAUAGUAAUUAAUUUCAUUGAUGAAAAAAUUUUUAAUUUAUAUAUAGAUAUAUACAGAAGAUUAUGUAAUUAAAACGCGUAACAUAGUACGUAAUAUAAAAAGGAAUAAGUGACAUACGGUUUUACAUAUUUUAAGUAGAUUUGAAUUUAUAACAAAAGAUUUUUGUUAACUUUGAUUGCUCAUUAUCAUAAAACACAGGUGUAAUUUUUAUGUACUUCUUUAUUGCCCAUACUUUAAUAAUACUAGAAUAUAUAGAUUCAAUAUACUGUUAAAAGAAAAUAAUGUUUGACCAAUCUAUUAAAUAAUAAUUUUCUUAAGUAGUGAAAUUAAAAAAAAAAUAUUUUUUUUAUUAUACUAUAAUAGAGCUAGAAUGCUGCUACAGCUAGCUCAUAUUAGUUACUGCCUGAUCACUUGUAACUGUGAUUUAUAAUUUUUUCCUUGUAUUUAUUUUUAAAUAUUUUACGUUACCAGGUAAUAAAUAGCAUUACCGAAUUGAAUCACACAAAAUUUGUUGUGAGUGUAAGGACCAUAAAUAACAGAAUUAUUUUGUAACUGCAUGAAAAUGUAAAAUGUUAUAUGUACAACCAAUUCUUUUUAAAUUCGUGUAAAAUAUUUGUAUGCUAGUUAGAUUGAAAUAUAAAAAAUAACUUGUCAUUGCAAUUACUAUUGUUUAUCAUAAACAUGAAAGUAAAUAAUACUUUUACAGACAUUUAUACAUACAACUAUUGCAUUAUAUAGGUAAUAAAGAAUUAUGUAAUCAUGCAAUGUUAAAGAGAAAUUAUAAUAACGAUACCUGAAAUUCUUAUAGUUGCCAUUGGUAAAUUGUUCUCCAUAAAUGUCACCAAUUUUAUAAAUUUUAUAAAAUGAACGUCAAAUUUACAUUGAAUAGAAAAUAAUUCUAACUUUUUGCGUUUAUCAUUGAACAUGCGAAACACUACUUUUGUUCUGGUAUCAUAAUUUACUUUUGCCGAAAACAAAAAAUUUUCGUGAAAAAUGUUUUACAUGAUAUUCAUAAUUUAUUAUUAAUUUUACAACUUAUACGGUACACGGUAUAUUUUGAAAAUCCGAACUUCUUACUAUGACACAUAUUUUAUAAUCACUGAUUCGAAAUAUACUUUUUAAAUAAUUUAAUUUUUUGUAAUUUUAUGAUAUUGAAUAUAUAAAUAAAAAAUUUU